AUGGGAUGGUUCUCCGAGGACUCUGACCAGGCCCAGGCCUACGACCAGGUCGUGAACGCGCCCCACAAGGCCGAGCUCUCGCACGAGCUCCUCGCCGCCGCCGCGUCCUACGAGGUGCGCCCGUCCCCUUCGUCCGCCGCGAAGGCGUACGAGAAGCACGUCGCCGCCAACGGCGCGCCCGACAGCCACGCGAAGGCGAAGGAGAUCCUCGCCGGCUUCGCGGGCGCGUUCGUCGACCGCAUGGUCGAGACCAAGGGCCUCGACGCGAUCGACAACUACAAGGCGAAGAAGGCGGCGGAGAGCCAGGUGACGGAGGUCAUCACCGAGGAGACGUACACCAACUACUGA